UAGGUAAAAUUAUGCCUGCAUUUAGUAUUUCCCGUUGAAUAUUUCCUCCAUUUGCACUUCUCCUAAUAUCUCCUUCUCGCACCUCCAAUUCUCCAAACAGAGCAUCAAUGGCGGACUGGUCUGAUCUUCCCAGAGAACUCCUCGAUGAAAUCUUAACCCGCCUCGAUUCUCCAAUUGACGCCCUCCGUUUCCGCGCCGUAUGCUCCACGUGGCGCCAAUCAUCACCAUCCAAGCUCAAAUCCAACGGCCCACAAACCCCCUUCUCUCUCCCUUCCCAUGGCAUUUCCCUCUCCAAACGAUCCAUAUUCGUUCUCUCUCCUUCCGAAACCCCCAUUUCUGAAUUACCCCACAAUGACAAUCCCUAUUCAUGGGUCAUCAAAAUCGAAGAACAAAACCCUAAUUUUUUUCACAUUUUCUUCCCUCUUUCGUGGACCCAGAUCGAUCCUCUACCUGAAGAUUUCCCAAGAGUCAUGGAUCUCUCGAACAUUCGAAUUCGUGAACUGGGUUGUGAGUAUUUCCUUCGUUAUACCGAUAAAAUUUGCUUUAGGGGUAAUUUUCUGAAUUUGCUUAUAGAAAAGGUUGCAAUUUUACCAGGAAUAAAUGAUGAUGAUUUUUUUCUAUUGACUAUUCAUGUUUCUGGGAAAUUAGCAUUGUAUAAUUCUGUUAAUAAUAUAUGGCAUAUUGUAUCUGAUAAAAUAGACGUACCUUAUGAUGAUAUUAUUGCCUUCAAUGGGGAGUUUUAUGCUGUUGAUUAUACUGGGAGGAUUGUUUUGAUUGGAUGUGAUGCUGUUGAUAAUACCACGAUUUUAUUGGCAACAUCUUUUGGUGGGGGUGAUAAGAAGCGUUUAGUAGAAGUUGGUGAUGAGUUGAUAUUGGUGGAUGUAUAUAUGGGUCUUCCUCCAUGGGAGUUUGCUCAUGAUAUGGAAAAUUUCGAUGGAUAUGUCACCUCAAAGUCUAAGUGGUUCAAGGUCUAUAGGUUGGAUAGGAAAAAGAUGCGGUGGAUUGAGGUUAAAGAUUUGGGAAACUAUAUCUUGUUUUUGGGUAUGCAUUCUGGAUUUUCAGCAACUGCUGCUGAUUUGUUGUGUCAUAAGGGGAAUUGCAUAUAUUUUUCCUUCCCACACGAUAUAUACCCAUCACAUUUCGACAAAGAUGAUGUCUUCAAGUUUCAUAGUGGUGGUGUGUAUAAUUUGGAGGAUGCUAGCAUCACUUAUUCGGACCUGUUUUGGCCUCCUCCGCCUUGGAUUGCUUAGCCUUCCGGAGAGGAGAACUUAUGUUCUUGAUGAAAGAAAGUUCGGAGGCUAGGUGGUCAUCUUCCGAACGGCUUUAGCAUUCAAGCUACAAUAUCUCCCCUGUUUUGUCAAGCUGAAAUAAAUUUGCAUGACGUUUCAUCCUCGCCUAAAAUGGCUUCUUCAUGUUUCCUAGAUUAAUGAACUGUGUAUGUAACCGAUUAUUGUACAUAUAUAAUUGAAUAAAUUAUCAAUAAAAUGCUUACAGGUUUUUAUUGCCAAUUUGCCUUCCAUUCGAGCUUAAAUUGUGGAUGCUAAGUCUAUGUGAUUCCCCUUGUAACAAAAUGUUUAUUGUAUUAUACUAUAAUAGUACAUACUCAUUAUGCUGUUAU